AUGAGCAGGAGGUUGCGCAGCGGACGCAACUACGACGCAUCCAAGGUUCCUACCGCCCCCAAGAGGCGGGCCGAUAAGCGCAUGGCUCCGAAAACAGCCAACCGCGUGGAACCCGAGACGUCGAACAAGACCACUGAUGAGCAAGCGAUUGUACCAGCGAGAAGAGUACAGCUCACCUUUGGCACCAUGCCCCAAGGCGCAAGAGAGCCUGGCGAGCGCAUGGUAGUGCUGGGUGUCGGGAAGCGCCAGGGAAUAGCCUUCGCCGACACCGAGGGAGUCAAGUUAUCUCCCUCGGCCUAUGUGGCCCUCACGCAACGAGCCCCACCUAUCCGGAAGGUGUUGAGCUGGCCGUUGCCGAUUAAAGAGACCCGCCGAGAAGCGGAUGCCCCCAUGAACAGGGAAGCGACCUCAGAACAGAGCGUCGAACUCGUCGAGCGAGCGUCGGUCGAGCAGACAAGCGCUCCCGCAUAUGCUGACGACCAGCGAGCAACUUCGGAAGUCCCUACGACCCCCAACAUAGGCGCGGAAAGUAGGAGGGAAUCGGACGACGAGAUAUUCGUAACGGCUAGGACGAGCCGUGUACUAAAUGAGAGCAUCGUCCUGGAUGAUGACGGCAAGCCCGUGUUAGCGCAAUAUAUAGUUAUUGAUGAGAAGGAAAGCGAGACACCUUCCAAGAAUAGUAAGCGCAAGCGUACCCGCCGUAAGUCCAAGGGUAAAGGCAAGGAAAAAGAGCUGGACAUCAGUGUCAGCACCGAAUCCAAGUCUACGGCUAAUCAUGAGGGCCUCACCUGGGACGAAGAGGUACGCCGAGCCAAUGGCGACGACGGGGGCCCAGGCGAUGUUGAGGAACUACCAGACGUUAGCGACUGGGUUAAUCCUAACUGGUCACGAUCGGAUUACAUACCCACGAGUGAAGGAGAUUGUACCGAAGCUGAAAGCGGAAACGGAAGCGUCGAAGUAAACGCGCUGAUAUACGAGCUGGCGGAUGAGUACGCAUUUGAUGAUGAGGAGUAUGCAUCAGUACUCCGGAACCUGAGGAGCUCCGAAAGGUCAGAAAGCACUCACAGUCAGACGAGGGGGGCUGGACCAUCGAGACAACCGCGCGUUACAAUCGAGGAAGUCAAUAGCGGGUCAGAGGACACGACAACAAGUCGCACCAGGUCACACAAGAGUAAGGGAAAGGCAAAGGCUAAGGCUAAAGGCAAGAAGAGGAAACGUCCUAGCCUGGGAGCCGCAUUGGAUGACCUAGAAGGGACGCGAGAGCGUCACGUACAACGAACAGACCCCCAAAGCACGCCAAACGCAUACAGGGGCGGGGGAUACCUGGAGGGUAUCAUAGAAUCAACCCCGGCUAGGAAGUCUAGUAAGACGACCCAAACGGAUAUGGGGAAGGCCAGUGAACCCAGACGCAAGGAACAACGACGGGAGCGGUCGACUGAGAGAAGGCCCCCGUCACCAUCUGAAUCAUCCAAGUUGUCAGAGACGGAUAGCGAUGAAACUGAAUCCACGCAUACAAGCAGGUAUGGAGGUGGGGGACCUCCAGAUCCAUCAGAUAGUGGAUCCGAAACAGCCGACUUGUCCAACUCAAGCUGGACCAAAUUGUUGGCACGAUUGCGCGAUGAUAACCGUUGGAGGAAUAGACGGCUGGAGGAAUUAGUCGCGAAGCUCAAGAAGCAAAACAAGAAACUUGAGCAAAAGGUGGUCACGCAAGCGCAAUCAGGAUACAAGGCACAGUCACCCAAGACGUAUAAGGGCGAAGCGGACAUUGACAAGCUGGAUAUGUUCAUAUUCAGUUACAACCUAUACGUCAGUGAUACUAGAUUGAGCGACAGCAAGGCAGUGCUCACUGUCAGCCGAUUCCUGGACGACAAGGCCGCGUCUUGGUACAUGUUGAACGUUGCACCGGACCCCGGAAGCUACUCAAUGGAAUCAAUAUAUGUCGGACUAUAUGACUACUGCUUCCCACCAGAUUUCAAGGACGACAUGAGGAAGUUGUAUAAUGAAAAGAAGCAGGGAGAUUCGGGCGUGCAAGAUUAUUUUGCCGAAUUGGCUUGCUUACAAAGAUGCUUACGGGAAGUCACAGACCACCAACAUGUGCUGAGAGUUUGGGACGGUGCAGCCCAAUAUAUUAAAGUGGGAUGGGCACUCAAAGGCAUGAGACCGGAAGCGACUACAUGCGAAACAUUGCGAGAAACAGCGCUGGACAUAGAGCGCGCGCACAAGUACAAACAGUCAAUUGAGAAAUUGGGAAAUGACAAAUCGGGAUCAAGAAGGAACCAAUUGCGUAGUCCUUCGCAAAAGCAUGACCGUGCUUCUAAUUACAAGAACCCGGGGGACAAUCAAAGCGGCGGAAACCGCGGCAAUAACAAAGGGACUGGAUACAACAGUAACAGUAAUGGUAACUGGCAGAACAAACGCCCAAACGAAUACAUGCGCGGCGGACAGGCAAAAGGCCACAACGGACAGGAGAACCAGCAAAGAAAGCUUACCAACAAGAAGAAAGCCGAAUUGAGGGCGGCUGGGCUCUGUUUUGAAUGCAAACAAUUGGGUCACCUGUCCAAGGAUUGCCCAAAGUUCCACAAGGCCAAACCGUCGCAUGUCAACGCAAACGCGGUUAAAGUACGCCCCAAGAGCAAGGUCAGGGUGUCGUCGGUCAUGCUCAAAGAGCUAGACAAACUCACCAGGCUGAAGGAAAAAAUUGAGAUCAACGCAGUAGGCGUUGGGCGGAAGAACAAAGAGCCGGGACCGAAACAUGUCAAGCGAAACGCUAUCAAGGUUAAGGACCACACGAGGAAGGUCCCGAACACGCUGAUAGUUGAAGCCAAGCUCGAAGGCAAGUCUGUUUGCGUACUGUUAGAUUCGGGAUGUCAGACUGACAUGGUAUCCACAACCAUUGUUGACCAACUCAGAUUACCAAAAGUGAAACUCACGAAACCGCUGCAAGUACAGUUGGCAAUGGCAGGGUCGCAAGGGACGCUACAUUAUGGUGUGAAAGCUAGAAUAGAAUACCAAGGAAUUGAUGAGUAUCAAGAUUUUGAUGUGGGGAAUUUAGACAACUACGACUUGAUAUUGGGAACACCAUUCCUAUUCCAACAUAGCGUACAACUAAGUUUCAACCCAUACGGGGUAUACAUUGGCUCUACAAAAUCCCUACCACUUGAUGGGGAGCAGGUUAUACAGAUUAACUCGUUGUCCGCAGACAUUGUGGGACUGCGAAUGGCGGAACUACGUGACAUGCUCAGAAGUGAGGCGAUGAGCGUGUGCAAACCUCAGGACAGAAACACGCCCCUGCCGCCGUUCUGA